ACUCCUCCUUCCCGGGCGCGGUGUGCGCUGGGCCUCAGACGCCGCUUCACCGACUGUGCCAUGGCCCCGCUGCGCUUUGCGGCGAACCUGGCCUGGCUCUUCCAGGAGGAGCCGACGCUAGUUCAGCGCAUGGAGGCGGCUUCGCGGGUCGGAUUCCGAGCAGUUGAGCUGGGCUUCCCUUAUGCCUCCGGCGCCCCAGAGCUGCGCGCGGCUGCAGAACGGGACCGGCUGGAGGUGGUGCUGCUCAAUACUCCGCCGGGGAACCAAGAGAAGGGUGAUAUGGGUUUAGGAGCAGUGCCUGGACGCCAGCCUGAAUUCCGGGAAGCUGUGGCUUUGGCUGUGAAGUAUGCCAAAGAACUGAAAUGUCCAAGGAUCCAUCUUAUGGCUGGCCGAUUUCCUACAGGUGCUAAAAGGGAUACUGCGUCAACUGAGAUGGAAGCCACCUUUAUUGAAAACCUCAAAUAUGCUGCUGACAUCUUGGAACAAGAAAAUUUGAUUGGAUUACUGGAGCCUAUUAAUAACCGGAUUAGUGAUCCCAAUUAUUUUUUGACCACACCUCAGCAAGCUGCUGCCAUUUUGGAAAAGGUGGGAAGACCCAGUUUAAAGCUACAGUUGGAUAUUUUCCAUUGCCAGAUCAUGAAUGGUAACCUGACACAGAAUUUAAAGACGUAUUUCCCAAUUAUUGGACAUAUUCAAAUUGCCCAAGUACCAGAACGACAUGAGCCUGAUAGCCCUGGAGAAUUGAACUUCCCUUACUUAUUCCAGUUACUGGAGUCAAUGAAUUAUAGUGGUUAUAUAGGCUGCGAAUAUAAACCAAAAGGUAACACACUGGAUGGAUUAAACUGGCUGUACUCAUACUGGGAAGAUCAUUGUAUGUGAAAAGUUGGAAAAAAUUGAAAUAAAAGACUAUUGUAGAUGGAGUAACCAACAGCAACAAUUGCUGCAUUCCCCCCAGAGGGAACAACCACCCUUUUGCUACUGCUUGAGCUACCAAAAGCAUCCCAUUAUUUUACAUUAAUAGGAUGAUAUUUCUUAGUAAAGUAAGAUGCUCAGUCUGUUUAUUUUUACCUGGAUUAAAGCUGAAAAUCAUG